AUGGCAGACCACAUUGCUCAGGUGCUCUUCACAGUACUGGAGGUCUUGAUCGCUGUGGCAUGUUGUCUUGGUAACCUGCCGGUGAUCUGGGCAGUAUGGAAAUGUGGGGCCAUGCGGCGACAGGCCACUUUCUGCUUCAUCAUCUCUCUGGCCAUAGCCGACGUCUUGGUGGGGGCCGUGGCGGUGCCACUGCGGGUUGUAGCAGAUAGCCGUGUCCAGAUGAGUUUCUACAGUUGCCUCACAUUUACCUGUAUGAUGCUGAUUGUGACUCGGGUGUCUGUCUUCUUCCAGCUGGCACUGACUGUUGAUCGUUUCCUGCGUGUCAUCAUCCCCCUCAGGUACAAAACCACAGUGACCAUUCAGCGCUCCUGGUGGGUGGUGGCUGCAUGCUGGCUCACAGCUGCAACAGUUGGCUUCACUCCCUUAAUGGGCUGGAACAACCACAACGGCACAUCUCAGAACAUGACCCACUGCCAGUUCCUGAAUGUCAUGUCCAUGUCCUACUUGGUUACUUACUUUUAUACCUGCUUCCUCAUCCCCAUGUUGGUCAUGACUACACUCUAUGGUUGUAUUUUCACCAUCAUCCACCGCCAGCUGAGAAAAACCAGCACUGGAGUGUCCAGCUCCUACUACUACAAGGAGCGUAACCUGACCAGGUCCCUUGUUCUGGUCCUCGUGUUGUUUGCCGUCUGUUGGCUCCCAAUCCAUUUAAUGGACAUGGCUGAUUUCCAUGGGUUGGCAGUUCCCAUUGAGGCAUUCUAUGUGGGAAUCCUACUCUCUCAGGCAAGCUCAGCCAUUAACCCAAUCAUAUACGCCCUCAAGAUCCAGCAUAUACGGGCUCCUUUGAAGACAAUAUGGAGGAAGGUCUUUCUGUGCAAAGAGGAAGUGGAGGCACCAAGGAGCAGCCAGACACCAGUAUUUGAUAACAGCAGCAACCCCAAGGUACUACCCCAAGGUGACAAGGAGGGAGAAACUGUUGAAUCAACUGAGCAAGGGUAAUCAUCAAUUGAGACACAGUGACACAGUCAUGGGCCAAUGCACUUUUCUCUCUAUCAAUUCAUCUGAAACAGACAAAAAGGGUCAUGCUCCUACCUGUGAAAACAACAUUAUAUAAUGCAAUAGAAGUCAUUCUGUGUGUACAUUGGCAAUGUCAGACAUGCUAUUCUUAGUGCAUAAGUCAGUGUAGCAUCAAAAUGAUGUUGAUGCCAUUAUUUUAAGGUAAAAAAAACUUACAUUGUGUUGCUUUAAAGUGAAAAAGAAAAUGAAUAUUGGUAGUGUCUUUUUUAUUUAGAGUGUUUAAAUAAAAUUUUGAAGUAAUCUAAAAGUAUUCAGAUUGCGGUACAUUAUCUUUGUAAUCCAAUGGAUUACAUUACCGAUUACAAAAAUCGGUGUGUAGUCUGUACUCAGUAAUGGAUUACAUUUCAAAGUAAUCUGACCCAACACUGGCUAAGUUUUCGGAGUGUCUAUUUA